AUGGAUGAUCGACCAGUUAGUGGUGGAGGCGCUUACAAAAUUAAUUGGGAUGAAAUUGAUGAAAUGUCAAAUCCAUUUGGAAGCGGUGGUAAAGGUCUCCUAGCUAAAAAUCAACCUAAGUCUGUUACUAAACCAUCAGCCCAAGGAGAUCGCCCAAACGAUAACAUAAAUCAACCAACAAACUUAUCAGUUGACUCCAAUCCUGAGAAACUACCAAAGAAAUCUUUGCAGAACCCUCAACCGCUACCCAAACCUCUCCCCAAGUAUAAUAACCCUACUGAAGUCAAGCAAUCCUUGAAUCCCCUGUCGUCUGAAGCGUCGCCUGUGGUGGUGAACGGACAGGACGUGCCUAAAGACGUCCAAAAGGGAAAUGUUCCUCAGUGUAAUGGUGAACUACUCUCAACUCCAGUUCCCCAAUCGAUCCCAUCCCCUGAAGAGAUAUGUGAAGCAUUACAAAGUGUUAUUGAUCUCCAGUCUGACAUACCUCCUGAUGUCGGUAAUAACUUAGAAGCUGUACAAAAUCAUUCUAACGAAUCCGAUCCAAGUUUAGGUGAACCUAUGGAAAAUAAUGUUGAAAACAACAACGCUAUUCCCGAUGUUAUGCAAACUUCACGUAUUGAUUCAUCAACCCGACCAGCAUCACCAGCUCAAGCUGGAAUGCUUAACAAAUCAGAAACACCUUUAGUAAAUGGAAGAGAAAACUCUCAGCUACCUCCUCAAUAUCCGUUUAAAUCAUCACGAGAUUCUAAAUCAAAUGAUACAGAAUUAAUUGCACUACGCAAGGAACGAGAUCAACUUUUAACUACAAUUGAAGAGAUGAAACAUUGUAUCACAGAGUAUGAUCGUAGUUUACAGCAUAUGGUUGAAGAGAAAGCUCAUAGUCAAAGAGAAGUAAAUAUUCCAGUAGCUGAUUUAAUUAAAGAACGUGAUGAAGCUGUAGAAGAGUUAGCUACUAUUGAGAAAGCGUUUGGGGAUUUACACAGACGUUUUGAGAAAUCAAAACAAAUUAUAGAAGGUUUUAAGCAGAAUGAAGAGGCUCUAAAAAAGAGCAUCGAUGAGUAUAAAAAUUUAUUACAACGUCAGGAAAGAAAAUAUUUAGCUUUGAAAAAACACGCUGAAGAUCAGCUAUUAAAAGUAAAUCAAGACACAGAAGGAAUAAAACAAGAAUAUGAAACAAAUCUAACUCGAUUACAGGCUUCAUUAAGAAUUUCUGAACUUCAAGUUAAGAGUCUUGAAUCUCAGUUACAACAAAAGACUCGUGAAAAUGAAGAAUUAACUAAAAUAUGUGAUGAACUAUUAAGUAAAUACGGUGGAAUAACAUGAUAUCAUCAUGAAAAUGUUAUAGAUAUUAUUUGUGUAUAAUGGAAGACAAAUGAUGAGUUUUCAAUUUAUUUUAUUUUUCAAAACACUUUUUUCCUACCUACAUAAAUCGUCUUCUAGACGAAGAAGAAAAUGACAAUGUAGAAUCAGAAGGACUUAUUGAUGAAGAUAUCUACCCAUAUACAUAUACAUAAAAUAGGAAGAAAUUCAUUGAGUGUUAUUAUUUUUGUCCUCAUUUCCUCCUCCAUUUUAAUGUGUUUGUGUGUGUAUAUUCAAAUAAACAAUUUCUCUCUUACCUAACGCUUACGCCAUUUAGUAUAUAUAUAUAUAUAUAUAUAU